UGCGUCAUUACGCACUUCCUGUUCUCUACGAGGUCCCCCCUCUUCUCCUCACCGUCGCGCUGUGAAGUGGAUGUUUUGGUGAAAAAAUACGGUGUCUAAAAGGGACGUAAACACACUUAAAACAUGACAUUUCGACCGAGUGGGACAUAAAGCGGUGUUGCGGGAUAAAGAGGGGCGUCUGCGGCGAAGGUUUCGGUUUAUCUGUGCAUCGUAUUCUUCCGCAUGUCCGCUUUCUUCGUAGAUGGUCUCCGGCGAGCGUUGUCUGGCGGCGGACGACGAGUUAGUGAAGAAUAAUAUGAAGGAGAUGAUCGGCGGUUGCUGUGUUUGCUCUGACGAGAGGGGCUGGGCGGAAAACCCGCUGGUGUACUGCGACGGACACGGCUGCAACGUCGCCGUGCAUCAAGCCUGCUAUGGCAUCGUGCAGGUGCCCACUGGUCCAUGGUUCUGCAGAAAGUGUGAAUCUCAGGAGAGAGCAGCCCGAGUGAGAUGUGAACUGUGUCCCCACAAAGACGGAGCCCUCAAGAGGACAGACAACGGAGGCUGGGCCCAUGUGGUUUGUGCCCUCUACAUACCGGAAGUGGAAUUUGCCAACGUGUCAACAAUGGAGCCUAUAGUACUUCAGUCGGUGCCACAUGAGCGCUACAACAAGACAUGUUAUAUCUGUGAGGACCAGGGCAGAGAGAGUAAAGCAGCCUCUGGAGCCUGUAUGACCUGCAACAAACAUGGCUGCAGGCAGGCCUUCCAUGUCACGUGUGCCCAGUUUGCAGGAUUGUUAUGUGAGGAACAAGGAUCGGACGCAGACAACGUCAAGUACUGUGGAUAUUGCAAAUACCACCACAGCAAAUUGCGAAGGCGCAGGGGCCGUGGUAGUAGGUCUCAAAGCUUAAGUGACUCUUCCACUCAGUGUAUGGAUAAACCCCCAGACGAGGACAAGAAGAAACACAAGGAGCGGGACAGGCACAAACCGAAACACAAAAAGACCAUGGACAUGUCGCCCUCCCUCGUCCUUCCAAACAUCAUGGUCCCAGACAAGGCCUACAACAGCAGCAGCUCAGUGGGAGGUGUCGCCUCUCUGCCGGCGCCCUCACAGAAGCGGCUGGACGACGGCACGGCCCGUUUCACCACCGCCAACUUUCAAGAGGUGUCGUCCGCUCUGUCCGGCGGCGGUUCCAAAGACGGCUUGGCUGCAGACGCCGGGAAGGCGUCUGAGGUGAAGAACAAGAAGAACAGCGGUGGAAGUCACGCAGCGGGGCAGAGGGGCGGCCGCAAGUCUCUCACCUCCUCAGGGAAACCCCUCCCCUCCGCCGUGGUCACCAUGGCAACCUCCUCCACAUCUGCAUCUGCUUCUACCGGGCCUUUCCACCAAGGUCUCCUGUUGACCAGUGCCAGCAAGACGGCCUCCGCUCCUUCCUCCUCAGACUUUCUAAGUUUCUCAGAUUCAUCGUUGCGCCCUGGAGGCGGGACCACCUUCUCCUCUCCUCCAUCUUUCAGCAGCUGCCUUGUGAAGCCGAGCUCAGAGGGCGGAGCUUCAGAGGGAACUACAUCUCUCUUCGGUUCUCUGAUGUCCGCCACUACGGCGUCUGCAGUGGGCGGGAAGCUGUAUGAGAAUUCCCACAGUCACACAACGAGCGAGACGACAAGCCUCGGUGGGUCCGCUGCCUACAAACGGCCCCAACCCUCCAGCUCAGGGCCAGGGAUCGGAGGAGCAGCCGUAGGAGGAGGGGAAGAUGGGGUGAAGAAGAAAAAGAAGGGCAACUGGCGAAACCGAUUUGGACCUUGCUUCACCACGGAUGUAAAGCCUUCAGAGCCAGCUCCCUCCCUGACUCUCCCCACCUCCUCCACGGCCAACACCGCCUCGUCCACCGCCUCCCCUUCUUCCUCUUCAUCCUCGACGCUCUCAGGCCGGCCAGGCUUAGUUUCCAGCAGUGGAUUAGGAGUGGGAGGAGUAGGAGAAAGGGGGCUGGGGGUCAUGGGUGUCAGCGGUGGAAUUCAGAAGUCCCCGUCGCUCCUCAGGAAUGGGAGUCUGCAAAGCAGCAGCAGCUCCGUAACCACUGGGCCAGGUGUUUUCUCUGGUGCUGAUGGCUCAUCGUCGGGGACAGGAGCUGUUGCUGUGGGCGGAGCCAUCUCCGAGUUGUCACAACAACAGCAGCCCACGCCUUCACUAGCCCCUCCCUCUCCCUUCACUGCCACCGCACCGCUAACCAGCACAGCCUCCACACAUGUGAGCGGCCUGCCAGGUUCAGUCUUCAACCUCGCUCCUCCCCACAUGUUUGGCAACAGGCUGAACCCCAACUCGGCCAUGGCGGCACUCAUCGCCCAAUCCGAGGCCUCACCAGCAGAUCAGGAGGUGGGAGACGGCAGCAGCGGCAUCGGAGCUCAGGGCUUCUCCAUAAGAGCUUCUCCCAAGACCACCCCGCGCUCUCCCAUUGGUGGCCUGCAGAUCCGCUAUGACUCCUCGGGGUCGUUGCCGGGGCCGGGGCCGGGGUUGCUAGGGGUGGGAGGAGGCGGAGCGGAGACUGUGCCCCCAGUGGCCACCAGCAUAGAGCAACUCCUGGAGAGGCAGUGGAACGAAGGGCAGAGCUUCCUGCUGCAGCAGGGAGCGCAGGGAGACGUGGUGGCCAUGUUGAAGUCCCUCCACCAGCUGCAGGAGGAGAACAGGAAGCUGGAGGAGCAGAUUAAAACUCUUACUAUGAAGAAAGAGAGACUGCAGCUUCUCAGCGCUCAGCUAUCAGUGCCUUUCACCCCCACAACAGCCGCCUCUGAUGUGAAAGGAGCCACUGACUCAUCUUUACCUGUGGCAGCUCAGGACAGCGCGUCGUGUGGUGGCCACAGCAGUAGCGGCUCCACUUCAUCUCUCUCCACCCCUCCCUCCGUCUCCCAGAGCCCGCCGCAGCUCAAUGGCGUCGCCGCCGCGGGAACGACCUCAGCCGGGCUGGGUGGGGUGGCGGGGCUGAUGGGGGCUCUGGGUGCAGGGAGUGCACUGGGCAUGGGGGGAAUUGUCGGAACACUCAACGGGGUGAUCCAGACGCCGGCAGGCACCGCCAGCCCUCACACUACAGGAGCAGCUACGGGUGUCACGUUGCCUGUUAAUAAUAGCAGCUCAGCAACUAGCAAGAACAGCGCCGCGCGGCUCGGCCUGCUGUCUGAGCAGCACAGACUCCUCCUGCAGCAGCAUCAGCUCCAACAGCUGCUGUCCUCACAGCCCUCAGCGGAGCAGCAGCAGGUGUUGCUCUACCAACUGAUGCAGCAGCAGCAGGACCUCCAGCAGCUGCAGUCCCUCUCCUCCUCUGCCCAGAUUCCCUCCAUCCCGCUCUCCUCCGCUCAGCUGCCCAUCAACAACCUGCUGCCCGGCGCCCAGAGCCAGGGCCAAGGCGCCAUCACCGCCAACCCCUUUCUGGCACUGCAGCAUGCACACACUGAAACACACGCCUCGGGGGCACAGAAGCCACGGCUAGCCGAGAAGGCCGUGGGCGUCGCAGGGCAGGAGAAGACAUGACGGCAGACGCUCUUUUUGUUUUGUUUUUUUGGUUGCUUUUCUUUAAAUAAAUAUGCAGAGUCUCCGGGCGAACAGCCCUGUUGGUCAACUUUGUAGUUAAGCGAUGAGAACAUGGCAGCAGAGAAAUCCAUGUUCGUAGUAGGCUCUUCUUUAUAGUGGUCUGUGCUAAUACAUUAGCACACAAUAUGGUGAGUGAUAGCAUUUCAUUUGCAGUCACUCGAUAUUGCCAGGUUUAUUUCUGCAACUUUUUCAGGUUACAGUCUUAACACAGUGUUUUUGUGUUAAAUUGUACUAUUUAUUUCCAUCCAAUUUUAGAGGUUUUACUUUGUAGCUUUAGUGCUGCUUCAGGUUCUUAUUUUGUCACUGUUGAGAUAAUGAUUUUUCACUUGAUAUCACUGGUAGCAACUUAGCAUGUAAGUGUCAGUAAGCACAUGGUGUGUCCGUUCUCUUCUCCCAAACAGGUGAGUUGACUUAACAGGUCCCAGAAAACCUUUUCCUUUAAUUAGUUCCUCUCAACAUUUUCUUCUCUAAUCUUGUUCUGCUUCUUUCUCACUUUUUCGUCUUUCUCUUCUUUCUCUUGUUGCUGUGUCAUGCUAUUUGCAUCACAUCUCUCGGUCCGGUUUCUCUGCUGUCUCACUUUCUCAGGGGCCUCAGUGAUCAGAGUUGUGCAACCAGUGCACAAGCUAGCACAUACACAGAACUACAAAUUUAAAAAAUAAAAUAUAGCAGAAAUACAUGAAUAUAAAAAAAAAGAAAGAAAGUAGA